CAUAAGCCGUGUAAAGUUUUGUGAUUUUUGUAAACAACUCAUUUUAUUUAGCCAAUUUAUUUAUUUAUUGAAUGGAUGAAUUAAAAUUCUGCCGGAUUUGCCUCAAUACUGGUGUAAAGUUGUACCACGAAGACCAGUGCAACUUGCAACUGUGUUACGAACAAAUUAUCAAAGUUGCGAAUGUGUUCUCUGGAUUCCAAAACCACUUUUGCUAUGAAUGUGCAGCACUAUUGUGGAAAUGGGAGCAAUUUAGGAAGAAAUGUGAAAAUGGACAGAGAACUCUCGACAGCUUACAGCUGAAGGGGCCAAUAUCAUAUUUAUCAAUAUUAGGAGUAAAUAGAAAAGAGUGCAGCUUAGAAUCCACAUUAUCCAGAAUAAUACCAAGCCAGAAAAUAGCUACAUUCAAUAUCAAUGAGGAUGGAACAGAACCUUGCAGCUCUGACGUCACCUACGAAAUAACCGUGAAACAGGAACCUAAAGUACAAGAAUUCUGUGAGACACUAGACCAAAAUGAUUUUAUAGAUGAGAGUGCAUUAGACGACUAUGAUCCAACCACAUACACGGAGUCAGAUGACGAGUUUCUUAAAGUACAUAAAGAAACACCUGAAGAAGAAUCUGAAAUCACAAAACCAGUGCCCAAGAAAAGGAAGCGAGAAAAGAUUUUGAAAAAUCCAAAAAGGAAAGUUAGAACACCUAACACACCUAAAGUUAAAGUAAAACUUAAGGAUCCUACAAGUAAUAUAGAAGAAGAAAUAAGCAAAGAACCAACAGACAAAGUAAAGUUUGCAAAGCAAAGGGCAGCGGGACAUAAGUUUGAUACAGAAAAAUGGAAGAUUAUACAUUUGACGGAAGAUGAAAUGUGUAGGGAGUAUAGGAAGAGGCAAUACAAUCCCAACUACCAAAACUCUUUGCAUUACUGUGAACAUUGCAUGAGGAAUUUUACAUGUGAAGAUACACUGAAACGGCAUAUGAGAGUGCAUAAUGAGGACAAAGGCAAGCACGAGUGCUUCCUGUGCAAGCGUCGGUUCAACUGGGAGGCGCGACUCCGGAGCCACAUGAAGACCCACCAGAUCCGCUACCACUGCCUCAAGUGCCCCGAGGUCUGCGUCAGCUCUACAAGUGCGAUAGCGCACGAGAAAAUCCACGAGGGUUUCGUAUACCAGUGCAAACAUUGCGACAUGAAGUUUGUCAAGAUGUCCUCCUACUACACCCACGUCCGCUCGCUCCACCGCUCCCGGCACGUGUGUCCCACCUGCGGAGCCUCCUUCGUGAGCCAGUUCGGACUGCGCCAGCAUCGCCGCGCCAAGCACCUCGAGGAGGUAACUAUGGGAGAAAUAAGUAUAUAUUCCCAGUAA